AGAACGUUCUGUUUGUCGUCAAACUCGAUCUGAAUAGUAAAAAAAAUUAAUUUUUACACGCGUUUAUUGUACUAUCAUAUCACCGCACAAUCGCCGCCGCCGCCGUUUUGCAUUCGCUAAAAAAUUUUGAACAUCAAUAACAACUUAUAAUAAUACCUACAACAAUGAUGAAAUAAAAACGUUGCAAUAUUGCAUUAUAAUACCGUUACAACAAUACCAUGUUGUCGUUGUUUUUGUUGUUGUUGUUGUCGUCGUUACAUAGCCGCGCCGCAGUUUGUCGUGGUUUUUAGGUUUUUUUUUUCAAAACCACAUACUCAUAUUAUAUUGUGAAACAAUUACGACACGUGCUCUGUUUUUUCUCUCGCGACUAACGUUCGGAAAUUUUAAUCCGCGGUCCGCGUUUGCCAUAGUAAUAAUAUCGUACCGGCCAACCGUCUACCGAACGCACCAUGCCGCGCCUAUUUCGAACGUCCGUCGGUCUGCGGGACCGGUGACUUGAACACCGGACGUUUCAAAAACCAAACGAUGCCCGUUGACCAGUUCGUUUGUCGCUCUUCAAUUCUGGUUUUAACCGGUCAGUGAUCUGAAAACUUUAAACAGUAUGGAGUACACGUGGACGCUGGUGUCUAACACUGACGAUCAAGGUUUAGGCAGUGAAACAAGUCUGUUGAAUUGUAAUGUUCAAGGACCUCACUCGGGUCAAAUAUUAAUACUCUCGAACGAGUCUAGUACCCAAGCCAUACAAAAUCAAACUUUACCUGAUAUUACAAGUCCUCUGGAAAAAGAUUAUGGGACGAGCCGGAUACACACAAACGAGCCCAGGAAACUUCAUCUCAUGCAUAAUAGGAGUGAUUUUGUAGGCGGUAUUGACAACGAAGCAUUGGAUUUCAGUCAUUUGACCGACGAAUUCAUUCAAAAUAACAAUACCGAAGCCAAUCAAUUCUUUCACGAAACCGUUGAACAAAACGAUCACGUGAUGGUUCGAAUAAACACACCAUACCAACAAGAACAGCCUCAGCUUUUCUUGAAAAACGCAUCGAUACCACCGAUCGCCGACUUGUCAUUCCACAAUAAUACUGUUUUGUCCAAUGCCGGUUUGCCUAGUAAUAAGCCGAUCAAGGAUAAGUCACACAAUUAUACCAACAGGCACAACUUACCGGAAAGUCCGCCAGACUCCGAGCCACCAUAUUCGCCGGCCGAUGGCGUUGGCCAAUCUCCACAUCGAAGAACGCCGAACUUGCAAUGUCUCAUAUCAGCCAACAAGGGUCAAAUACCGAUGAACCCCGGAACCACUGGGCUCUAUCAGAAACAGCCAGUAACCACUAAAAUUCCACACCCGUUGUCAGUCCAACCUUUGUUGAUAAACCAACAGGGAUCAUCGUCUCACGUGACACACUUAGAUUUUAAUCAAAUGCCGCCUAACGCAAGGGAAAUAGAAAUUCCCGAACCUGAAUACACGGACUUGUUAAACGUAACUGUGACGGAAAAGAAGCGAAAACUUUGUACUGACAUUAUUGGAGGAAGUACCGGUGGUAGCAACGUCCGUGUCAAAAAAGAAAAUGAAAAUUGCGUGAAAAAACCCGUAACCCAUGUGUCGCCGUCGGGAAGAUCGGUUUGUAGCGAAGACAGUUACACGUAUCAGGACAGCUGCGAAUCGGGUUUGUAUAACGACACGAGUUUUCAGUGUAUCCGCUUCCAACCAUUCCAAGAAUCGUCAUGGAACACGCUAUGUGAUCACUCUUUAAAAGAACUGCCAGUACCACAUUAUAGAGUGGAUGCAGAUAAAGGCUUUAAUUUUUCCAACGUUGACGAAGCAUUUGUGUGUCAAAAGAAAAAUCAUUUUCAGAUUACAUGUCACACACAACUGCAAGGCGACGCACAAUUCGUGAGAACCUCGGAAGGUAUUCAUAAAGUUGGAAGUUUCCAUUUACACUUUUAUGGUGUUAAGGUAGAAUCGCCUGGUCAAACAAUUAAAGUAGAGCAGUCUCAGAGUGACAGAAGCAAAAAAGCGUUUCAUCCAGUCUUGCUAGACUUGCGCGAAGAACAAGUGUCCAAGGUGACGGUGGGCAGAUUGCAUUUCAGCGAGACCACGUGCAAUAACAUGAGGAAAAAAGGAAAACCGAAUCCGGACCAGAGGUAUUUUUACCUGGUGGUGGGUCUGCACGCGCACUGCAUCAACGACCACGACUAUCCGAUCGUCUCGUACGCGUCCGAACGGAUAAUUGUCAGGGUAAUCCAAGCUUCGAAUCCGGGUCAGUUCGAGAGCGACGCGGAACUGUGCUGGCAGCGGGGCACCACGCCAGAGUCGAUUGUCCACACCGGCAAGGUGGGCAUCAACACCGACCGGCCGGACGAGGCGCUGGUCGUCCACGGAAACGUCAAGCUCACGGGACACAUUAUCCAACCGUCGGACAUCAGGAUCAAACAACACAUACAAAAAUGUGACACAAGCGAGCAGCUGCGGAACGUGCAGAAAAUAAACGUAGUUCAUUUUAGCUACAAGCCGGAAUUUUCAUCGCUAUUCGGGUUGUCUCUGAAGGAAGCUGACACCGGGAUCAUAGCACAGGAGGUGCAAGCCGUUCUACCAGAAGCCGUCACCAACGCAGGUGGCAUAGCACUGCCCAACGGAAUAGUGUACGACGACUUUUUGGUCGUGAACAAAGAUCGGAUUUUCAUGGAGAAUGUAGGAGCCGUAAAAGAACUGAGCAAGAUCACCACCCAUUUGGAAGCUAGAAUAAGUGAGUUGGAACAGGACCACAAGCGCUGUUUGCUGUUAGCAGACAAUCAUCCGGGUAUAGCACUAUCGGAUUUAACCACAACGACCUAUUCUAGCAAGCACAACGAUUACAAUUCCACCGUUGAAAAACGUAAACUGUUAAAACCUACGAGUUCGAGUGAUGUUAACUGUGGGAAAUUUGUGCAAAUUUCCAUUAUAUCUCUAACUGUGGUUAUCGCAAGUUGUUUGGUUUUCAUAACCGGGCUAUUUUUUAUGGAGCACCAUUACAGAAAUCAACUCACGUUCACAAGCGAACAUGAGCUUAUCGUUAAACCGUUGAAUAUAAAUACAAUUCAGACUCAUGAGAGUGUUGUUCAGGCGAAAGACCCCGGUCAACUACCGUUGGAAAUAGACGGGUUUUUCGACAAAGACAAACAUUUGACCUGCAUGCGGCUUAGGCGACUUGUAACCAACAGCAGGAGUUGUGAAUACGACAAGAUCAAAACGAAAAUGAAUAAAAUCUCCGAUAAAAUUAAGGAAGAUGGCAAAAACGACGACGAAUUCAUUAGUUUUAUCGUCAAAAUUGAUCGCGUAAUUGACAUCGUGUACAAGGACGUCACGAUUGGCGUGUAUGGGAGUUACAGCAACUUUACGGCGGAAACCAACGUGACGGACGAGUGUGGACGGUCGGAACUGCUCCAACAAUGUAGCGACAAGUCGCUGUUCGUGUACGGGUUCCAACUUCCGGUCAACAAACAACUUACCGACUAUUUUAUCAGCGUGUCUUAUCGCAUUAGCAAAGGCAGCCUGAACGGUUGUCCGACCAGCAUGUCCGUGUCGACGACUUGUCCGUCGGACCCGUACAACAGUUUGUGGAAUCUGAACGGCACUCGGUGGAAUCCGUCGGACACGUCGUACGAUUGGCAGACCGACAAGUAUUCAGUUUCCGAAGACUCGGAAUCGGUCACCGUAAUCGUCCGGUACAAGCCGUGGUCGUACGAACGUUUGAAGGCGUCAUGCAGGUCACCGGAAGACAAACGGACGUUGGCCGUCGUCGAGUACACUGUCUCUCUGCACAAAGACUUCAGCGAGAUAUUGUAAACCAAUUUUAACAUAAUAUUGUUAUUAUAAUGUACCUAUCCAAUACAUCUGCAAACAUGACGAUGGAGUGAUCAAAGACGAGACAGAAAUAAUUUGCGAAACAGUAUAAUCGGUCGUGCCAGAGCGGGAUGCUGGGAAACUAUUACAAAUGUUGCAGUAAAUAUUUUGAAUUUGAAUCCCUUGUUUUUAUUCUAUUUGGUAUCGACCCUAAUUCUUUAAACAAUAGAUCUAAGCAUUCGUUAAUCUCGUUUCCGUCGGUGUUGUUUUUGUUUUAUCCAUUAUUGUAACUAAUUUAAAAAAAUGUUCAGUCGUCACAAGCGGCGUCGUGUAAAUUUGAUCGAUUUCAUGAGUUUGAUGCACUUAUUAGGGCACAUUUACGUCUUAUUUACCUACACACACUAUAAUUUUGCUCACCUUAGUGAUUAACAAUUAUGUAUUAUUCUUAAUGACACCUAAGGCGCCUAACGUUGAGCUCACCUUUUUUUUUUCAUCUAACAGUGUUAUUAUACAUUAAGAUAAAUUUUAAAAAUAACAAUAUGAUCGCUAUUUACACAGUUAACAUACUCGCAUAUUAUAUUACCUAUGUAUAAUAUAGACAAUGUGUUUCUUUUAAUUGAUAGAGUUCGCACACAAUAAUGGCCAUAUAGGUACCAAAAAAUAUUGAUUUUGUUACCUAUUAUCUUUUAUUACAAUUAUUAUAUUAUAUAUUUAUAAAAUACAGUUCACCAUAACGAACAUUGGUAAAUCGUGUGUUGUAGCGAAAAAGGCGUUUAUUUACAAUUAUUAUAAUUAUAGUAUAAUAAUUAAUUUAUUAUUAUGUUUAUUCGAGUGUUUGUCGCUAUACGAAAUGAACGGCUUUUAGAAUACAAGAUAUUAUUAAAUGUUUUUUUUUUUUU